ACACAUUACUUUUUCAAAAAUGUAUCAUUAUAAUUUUUUUUUAUAGAUGAUUGAUGUCUUGACCUAUCAUUUAGUAUAUUUUUUUCAUAAAUUUAGCCCUUUACCAGCCCACAGGGGGGGAUUUAAUAUGACAUUUUUUUCACAAAAAAUUAACUUUUUCAACUUAACUUUUGAAAAUGUUCCGGAAGGUCUGACACUUUUAUAUAUAUCUUAAAUUAAAGCAAAUUUAAUGUACUUUAUUAUGCAAAAAAAAAAAUUUCGGACUUUAUUUUAGCUUCACGGUGAAAAUGGCUACCGAAUGCUAUUAUUGUAUGAAAAUUUUUUAUUUUAUUUUUAACUAUAUAAUGCUAUAACUUAUUGAAUAGUGUACGGAUCAACACAAUUUUUUUAUGAGAAAUAAUAUUUUUUAAUAAUUCCUUUUUCAUUCGACAUACUUUAUCUUAAUCAGGAUAUUAAUAAGGAACUAGCAGAUCAUGUAGCUUUUGGAAUAAUCCACCAAUUUUUUAAAAUUAAACAUUAUCUAAAGAUUUGCAUAGAAGCGUUUUUUUUAUAGUUAUUUUAAUCACUGUCAGAUAUCAUUAUACUUGAUCCAACUAUGCUACGUCACCACUGUGCCGCGACCUCCUGCGCUGGGUUUUUUUUUUAUAUUUUUAACUUAAUAAUGCUAUAACUUUUUGGAAAAUGUAUGGAUCAGUAAAUUUUUUUUUUAUAGAUGCUUGAUGUCUUUAACUAUAAUUUGGUAUAUUUUUUUUAUUAAUCUGACCCCAUAUCUGUCCACCGGGGAGGGGAUGUAAAAUGACAACUUUUUCACAAAAAAUUUACUUUUACACUUAACUUUUGAAAGUUUGAAAAUGUUCUGGAAAGUCUGACACUUUUAUGGAUUAGUAAAUUUUUUUUUUAUAGAUGCUUGAUGUCUUUAUUUAUAAUUUGGUAUAUUUUUUUAUGAAAAAAAAAAUUUCGGACUUUAUUAUGUCUUUACGGUGAAAAAAGCUGCUGAAUGCUAUUUUUGUGUGAAAAUUCUCGAUUUUAUUUUUACAUUUUAAACUUUAUAAUGCUAUAACUUAUUGAAAAGUAUAUGGAUCAACACAAUUUUUUUAUGACAAAUAAUAUUUUUUAAUAAUCUCUUUUUUAUUCGUGAUAUUAAUAAGGAAAUAGCAGACCAUGUAGCUUUUGUAAUAAUCCACCAAUUUUUUAAAAUUAAACACUAUCUAAAGAUUUGCAUUGGAGCGUUUUUUUUUAUAGUGAUUUUAAUCACUGUCAGAUAUCAUUUUACUUGAUCCAACUAUGUCACGUCACCACUGUGCCGCGACCCCCCUGUGCGGGGUAUUUCUAUUUAUGGUAUCAAGAAAAAAGCAGACGGUCAAUGCUUACGUUGCACACUUUUUUCUUAAAUAUUUAAAAAUGUUUAAUAUUAGUAUUGUAAUAUUUUACUUUUUAUUUUGUUACAUAAAUUCUGAAGUAUGCCCUAUUUGUUUGGAUGAAUUUAGCCUAGAAUCGUACUUUUUAAAAUUCUGUAGACAUUUGUAUUGUAAAGUAUGUUUAGACCAAUGGUUACAAACCAAUAGUACAUGCCCGAAAUGCCGAUGUCCAAUCGAUGAAAAUAAUGAGAUUCUAAGUGCAAGAAAAUUGCUUUUGAUAAAGAAAAAUCUUAGUUAUUGUGAAAUCAAAUAUGGUCAAGAUGGUUGUAUUGUACUUUCAAAUGGCCCAGAUUGUUCAAGUUCUGAAGAGGAUAUUGAAAGCGAAGAUGAUGAUGCUAGUUUUUCAAUUGAAAAUUAUAAUUUUUGAUUUGACCAACUUCUC